AUGAUUUUCACAAUUCUACUGGUAACACUUCUUCCGAUUGUUACCUCGAAAUCAAAGCCUUACUUCGCAAAUCCUCUCUGUCAAUCAACUCCACCAGCGCUUUGGUGUGAGAAUAACGAGUUGGCAAAGGAUUGCGGAUGGGAUCUCGCCUGUCAAGACUACAAGAAAGGCACCUACAACAAGCCAAUCCUGAUUACUCUUCUUUACGAAUCUCUCUGUCCGGGAUGUCAAAAUUUCAUCACUCAUCAAUUGUACAACCAAGUUUUCCUCAAAUUCCCGCCAUCGGUCGUCCAGAUUGAGCUUGUCCCAUAUGGAAAUGCAAAGAUUAAGGAAGGUGAGAUCGUUUGCCAGCAUGGUGAAGAGGAAUGCCAAAUUAACAAGUUUGAGAGUUGCCUCAUUGACAGCAUGAAUAACGAUUUCCGUCAAUAUAUUCCUGUCAUUUAUUGUAUCGAGUCACAAUUGAGUAACAAAAUCCCCUUCGACAAGGCUCAAAGCAAAUGUUUCCGAACUCUCAACGUGACUUCAGAUGUCGAGCGAAUGACUCAAUCUUGUCUCGUCUCAAAACUGAGCACAAAACUUCAACUAGCGGCCGCCGCAAGGACAGACAAUGUUCAGCCAGAAAAACACUUUGCCGUCCCAUGGGUUCUCUUCAACAACGUUUCGCUGGCCUCAGCGCAAGAUCUCACCGCUGAUCUACCGCUUGUCAUUUGCCAAUGGUACAAAGGUGACACCAAGCCGAAAGCCUGUGCCAACGAUUCGCGCACGCUCCGCCGAAAAUACCCAUUCGCCUGGAAAACUGACCUC